AUGAGUGCCGAGGACAGUCUCAAGGGUCAGGCUCAGUUCAUGGGCCAGAAACGCAGACGUUCCUCGUGUCCUUCGGUUUCCGGUCCCGGAACACAGUUGCUUGUGUCGCAUUGUGUCAGGUCCUGUGUCCGAUCUUACGUAAGAUUCUGCGUCAGAUUCUGUGUCAUAUUUGGUGCCAGGCUCUGUGUCAGAGCAGGUGUCAGAUUGUGUAUCGAUCUUACCACCGUCCUGGAAAGGAUCAAGCGGAACCUGUACUGCUCCAACAGACGACUAUGGAAGCUGACCACCACAUACAUCCCACUGGUCAAAUACUGCCGCUACUACAAGCUCCGAGAAAACGCCCUGACCGACUUCAUGGCAGGACUGACCGUUGGCAUCAUUCACAUUCCUCAAGCGCUGGCCUUUGGUCAGUUAUCGUCAGUGAAAAUCGAGAACGGUUUGUUCACUUCCCUGUGGCCAGUUAUUGUUUACGUUUUCUUUGGGACAUCCGCCCACGUCUCCAUGGGAACCAGCGCGGUCAUCUCUAUUCUAACCGCGGCAACAGUGGACAGGGAAGGGCAAGCGUGGGCAGCCAAUAAACCUUGGAUCAUGAACCAGACAAUCAACGGAACCAAGCUAGACGAUAUUCCAGAAUACCUCGACUUUAAAGUGGAGUUGGCAAUGGGUGUGACUUUGAUUUCAGGCAUCAUGAUGAUAGUUAUGGGUUUCCUGAAACUUGGCUUCAUCACAGCCUAUCUGUCAGAGUCUUUCUUUACCGCCUUUACCUCCGCGGCUGCCGUCCACAUUGGGGUUAGCCAGCUCCCUGCUAUGCUGGGCAUCAAGAUUGAUCGAAGCAGUGGCGCUUUUAAGAUCGUGGUCACUUUGAUAGCCCUGUUCAGUAACAUUACUAGCGCAAACGUGGCCGCAAUCAUCUGCUCAGUUGUCUCGUGUGCUAUUAUUUGGCUGGUGAAAGAGUGCAUCAAUGAAAGAUUCAAACACAGACUCUAUGUUCCUAUUCCUAUCGAGCUCUUCCUGGUCAUUUUCGCGACCAUGGCCUCCUAUUUCGGCAGUUUCCGAGAACAGUUCGGUGUUGGCGUGGUGGGGACGAUUCCCUCGACCAUACCUACACCAACAGUUCCUCUAGAAGGUUUGAAAAGAGCUCCUAACUAUGCGGUCGACUGCUUCAUUCUAGCAAUCCUCAUCUUUGCCAACACGAUCGCCAUGGCUAAAAUCUGUGCCAAGAAACACAACUACGAGGUAGAUGACAGUCAGGAGAUGCUGGCCUAUGGUCUGUGUAACACACUUAGCUCUUUCUUCUAUUGUUUUCCCUCGAGUGUUGCCCCUCCUAGGUCUAUGGUUGCUAGCAGCAUGAAUGCUAGAACAACUCUCAAUGGAAUUGUUAGCGCCAUUCUCAUGUUGUUCAUUAUUUUAUUUAUCUCCCGUCUCUUCGCAGAACUCCCGAAAGCUGUAUUAGGGGCUAUUAUUUUUAUUGCCCUCAAGGGUCUCUUCAUUCAAAUUCUGGACGGUCGCAAAUUUUGGCGCAUCAACAAAUUUGACUUCGCCAUCUGGUUCUUCACGUUCUUUGCAACUGUGUUCCUAGACAUUGACCUUGGCCUGGGCAUCGGCGUUGCCGUCUCCUUGAUAACAGUAGUUUUCCAAACACAGUUUGCUCGAGGCUACAAAGAGGGCUACACGAAAACAGACCCCGUUCUUGUGGAGCACAAAAGAUACAAGGACUCCUCGGAAAUUCCCGGUAUCAAGAUUUUCAGAUUUCAGUCUUCUCUGUAUUUUGCAAAUGCGGAAAUUUUCAGAAACACACUGUACCGCUGUACGGUCAACCCGAGAAAACUGCUUAAAGGGUUGAAGAAACGAGAGAAGCGACUUGCCAGGGAUAAUAAUCAACGAAUUGCCGAAGGUUUGCCACCAGAACAAAGACGAAACUCUAUCAUGAUGGGAGAUGCCGGGUUGGCUAGCAGGGACUCGUCGUCGAAUCUGCAAACUAAUCCCACAGGAGAAUCGGAGAAGACACUGGCUGUGAGAAUCAACAACAAUGAGAACGGCCAAACAGAGAAAUCAUACUCGAUGAACCAGGACACAUACGUUAAAAAGCAGGACAAUGGAUUUAGCGAAGGAGCCAAACGUCGAGAAUCAACCAUUUCUAUCAACUUUGACGAGUUUCUGGAAGACCCAGAUGAUGGCGAUGAGCUAUUCACAGAUGAAGUCCUGAGACAAAUGCGAAAGAUUCAUCACGUAAUUGUAGACUGCGUCACCAUCAAUUAUUUAGAUGCUUCCGGCGCCAACGUGCUGAGCCACAUCUACACCGAGUAUGCGCACGUCAACAUCAAGCUGUUCUUGGCUGGCUGUUCUCUAGACAUGCGAAAUGCCAUGGAACACGCAGGUGUUUUUGCCAAAAUACCCAAAGAUCACCUUUUCAUCGACGUCCACGACGCAGUUGCAGUGGCCAAACCCCAGCGCACAUUACCUCUUCCAGAGGAGGCUCUGGAAGACUUUUCAGAUGAGGAGGCAACCGAAGAUUCUUACAUUACUAGGAUGUAA